CAGUGACUGCUACUCGUGAGCACGGCAUAUCCUACUCGAUUCUGAAGCGCAAAUAUCACUUCUAGCAUUCAACUAGAGCCUCUCCUGUUUGACAAGGAAAAAUGUCCUCAUAUCCCCCAAUAGUCCCUCAGAAUGCUGCCGAUUAUACAAAGACGAUAUGGAGUGACACCUACCCAUAUAUCGACUCUGCUGCCAAAUCCAACCACAGCGGCCGCUCUGUCUUCAUUACCGGUGGCAAUAGAGGGAUCGGUCUCUCGAUUGCCAAGUCAUUCGCGAGAGCAGGAGCAUCUUGUAUAGGGCUUGGUGCCAUCGAUGGUUUCGACAACGUGAAGCAGGUCCUUGAGGAAGCCGCGAGACAGGCCGGACGUCAAACUACGCCGAAAAUCCUUCUGAUGAAUCUUGAUGUCACAAGUAGCGAUUCUGUCCAACAAGCAGUGGACCAAACAUCUCGAAACUUUGGUGGGUUAGAUAUCUUGGUCAACAAUGCCGGCUUUAUGACGCCAGCUCUUCCCGUCAUAGAAUCGGAUGAAGACUUAUGGUGGCGGACGUUUGAAGUAAACCUUAAAGGGAUAUACCUCGUCUCCAAAUCCUUCUUGCCACUGAUGAUGAGCACAACUGGAGGUCUAAAAACCAUGGUCAAUAUCAACUCGGUAGCGUCCCAUAACCUGAGAAUAAACGCCAGUGCGUACGGUACGUCCAAGUGGGCCGUGCUCAAGUUCACCGAGUUCCUCCUGGUGGAGGUUGCUCGAGAAGGGCUCCUGGCGUACUCAGUUCACCCAGGGGGGAUAAUGACUCAGCUGGCAGAGGCGAUGCCGCAGGAAACACAUGCAUACCUUACAGAUAAGGCGGAAUUAACCGGAGAUACAAUCGCUUUCUUGACUCAAGUACGCAGAGAAUGGUUAGCAGGGCGAUAUAUCAGCUGUACGUGGGACAUGCAAGAGCUCCUGCAGCGUGAGGGAGAAAUUUCCGGCACAGAAAAACUCAAGCUGAGGUUGGUGCUGUGAAGAUGCACCGACACUGGUGUACUGUAGUGGAAGACGCUCCUUGCGAUACGAGUCAAAAUCACGACGAAGAAACCCUCAGAUUAACAGGAUCUGCUCAAGGCGUGAACUAUCUUCUCAAUCACGUACCAAGAGAGUUCACUCACACACAUCAGAUCACACACGCAAUGACACGAGGUGUCAUUGACGACACAACACCGCAAGGAUAACCAUUCGGCGUUGUCUCUGAGAUUUCAGCAUCCCUGCAUUUCUUGACGUAGUUGCGGCUGGAAUGUAUUCGAAAAUGGAGAGAGAAGUUGAGCGUGUCAUUGCCCUUUUCGUUUCUAACUAUAGGGUAUCUUGAUAGUAUCUUGCUUUAGCUGGAAAAUCAU